AUGCGGGACGAGCUUGAGAAGAAGCCUGCGUCCAUCAAGGACCAGAAGGGCCCCGCCUUUGCCAUGCUCGGCGUCGGCGCCUGGUUCUCCGGCGACGACAAGGAGGGCGAAGCUCCUAACACUGUCAAGUACGAGGCUGCCAUCUCCAACGUCUCCGAUAUUCUGGGCAGUCGCAAGGACUUCUGGAAGGCCCCCAUGGACCUCAUCGACGGCAUCGGCAACCAGGUCUUCUUCGCGCCCCCUGCCGGUCCCUACUACACAGGCAAGGACCACAAGGAGGGCAAGGCCAAGGCCGCCACGAGGGUUACGGCCAUGCAGAAGUGGCUGCGCGAGACGGCCGACAAGUGGAACCUGCAGUUCGUCUGGUCCAUCCCGGGCCUCGUCGAGCACGACAAGGCCGCCUUUGUCGAUCCCACGCAGACCGGAUUCCACGUCAUUGAGAGCGUUGCCGAGAUCAAGGCCAACAUUCUCCUGAACCUCCGUUGCAACGCGCGCCUCGACCGUGUCAAGGGCUACCCCUACCAGCGCACCUGCUGCUCCGACUACGGCGGCAGCAAGCCCCUUGACGCAGCUGGUGCUUGUCGGCUUCGGGCAUGGUGUACCCUUGUCGUCUGUAUUCUGGGCGGAGGACGGGGGGAACCUCAUCCGCCCGCCGCAGCACCCCCUCCGUUACGCCGCCUUCCAACAUGGGAGACGGGCUCCUUCCGCCAUGGCCCCUGCUUAUGUGCUUUUUCGCCGACCGCACGCACAUUCUCGGCAAGGGAGCCAAGGUCUGGCACUACGCCAACUUUGCCAUCAUGUGCGCGCCGUGCCUUGCCGUUGCCAUUGUUACCAUUCGCAAGUCCAAGCCGCCCCGGGCCAAACCCGGUCAGCUCGUCGAGGCCGACCAGCCGUUUCUUUCGCGCGACCAGACGGACGAGUGGAAGGGCUGGAUGCAAUUUAUCAUUCUCGUCUACCACUGGACGGCCGCCGCGCGCUUCGACGGGCAUCUACAUUUUCGUUCGCCUCCUCGUCGCUGCGUACCUCUUCCAGACCGGCUACGGACACACGACCUUCUUCCUUGUGAAGAAGGACUUCUCCUUCAAGCGCAUGGCGUCCGUCAUGCUGCGCCUCAAUCUCUUGAAGGUACAAUGA